CGUUGAUAGGAGGUCUUGCUCGACCGACGUCAAGACGGGACAAGGCUGUAGUGGGGUAGGUGUCGGGGUGUCGGGGCAUCUCAACAUAUGUAAGAGCGCUGUUCCUUCAACAGUCUGUUUUCAGUCAUUGUAUGUCCCUUGAUAUUUUCAAGAAAAUUUCAGGAGAUACCUUGUUAUGGUUUUACAGAGACGUUUCUUGUUUCUUAGUGUUGAUUAUUCGCAACGAUCUUGCUGUUUAACGUUGCUUUAACAUAAUCUCCGGUGCAGCUCCAAAUCUCGCAAUCAUGUCAAGUGGUCGUCGGGAAGCCCGUGAUUCUGCGCGGUGCAGCCCUGGGAGGCCGGAUGAACAAGGAGAACUUCAUCACUGGCUACCCUGGACAUGAAUCGGAGCACCGCGCGGCCAUGAAGAAGGUUCUGGGGCAAGAGAACUACGAGUUCUUCUUCGACAAGUGGCUUGAGUAUUUCUUUACAGAUGCCGAUGCUGUUUUCUUUGCUAGCUUGGGGCUCAAUGCUCUCAGGCUACCGUUCAACUACCGACACUUUGAGGAUGAUAUGAAUCCGAGGGUGUUGAAGGGAGAGGGAUUCAAGCAUUUGGACCGCGUUAUUGAUCUCUGUGCCAAGCAUGACAUCUACACAAUUCUGGACGGUGCCAGGUGGACAAAGCCAAGACUGGCUGGCACUCUGAUAACCACUCUUCCUGGGCGUCUUUUUGGGAUUAUAAAUACCAUCAAGACUGGGAACCCUUGGGUCGCAGGUUACAACCCUAUCAAUGAGCCGUGUGAUCCUGAGCAUGUCCGCCUUCCUGCCUUCUACCAGCGCCUGGAGAGGCCAUCCGUGCCAGAUCACAUCCUCUGGCUUGAUGGAAAUACAUUCGCAAUGGAGUUUGUCGGCUUCGAGCCCCUCGUUUCCGGCCCCACUAAGCUCCCCAACACUGCUUACAGCAACCACGACUACAACUCCAUGGGCUUCCCCUCGGGGGACGCAUACCUUGGCACAGACGAGCAGAAAUCCAGGCUUGAGAAAUCAUUCCGCCGCAAGGCGGAGUGGAUGGCUAAAUACGAUGUGCCGUGCUGGAACGGCGAGUUCGGGCCAGUCUACAGCAUCCAUGAGAAAGACGAAGCUGCGAAAAAGAUCAAUGAGCAGCGCUAUAACAUGCUCGCGGAGCAACUGAAUAUUUACGAUAAGCACGCUAUCCCCUGGAGCAUCUGGCUAUAUAAGGACAUUGGCCUGCAGGGUAUGAUCUACACGGACCCGGAGUCGAAGUGGAAUCGUACUAUUGCCCCUUCCCUCCAGAUCAAAGUGGAUGCCCAGCUAGAUGCGUGGGGAUCGUAUCCCGGCGCCUCCAUGGAGUCGGUAAUGGCCCCGCUUGUGGCAGAGCUUGAGAAGGUGAACCCGGAUGCGAAGGAUGAGUACCCAACUCCGUGGAACGUGGAGUGUCAUGUCAGGCGCGCGGUUCUUCAGACGUUCUUGUCACGGACGUUGUCGGAUAAGUUUGCCCAGCAGUUCAGUGGAAUGGGCAAGGAAGAGCUGGAGGAGUGCGCGAAGAGCUUCCACUUUGACCAGUGCAAGAAGCGGGAUGGAUUGAAUGAUAUCCUGAGGGAUCAUGCGAAGUUGAGCCAUGCUUAG